GAGUUGCUCAGGGUGAUGAGGACAAUCGACGACAGAAUCGUCCACGAGUUAAACACUACGAUUCCAACAGCUUCCUUCGUGGGGAAGGUUGAUGCCAGCCAGACGUGUAAAGAGCUGUACCACUCCCUGAUGGAUGCUCAUACCAGCAGAGAGAGAAUCAUCAAAAACUGCAUCGCUCAGACUUCCAGUGUAGUGAAAGCUCUCAGAGAAGAGAGGGAAAAGGCCCAGGAGGACGUAGCAUUAUUAAAGCAACUCAGGAAAGAGCAGACAAAGUUGAAAUUGAUGCAGUCGGAGCUGAAUGUUGAAGAAGUGGUAAACGACAGAAGCUGGAAGGUAUUUAAUGAGCGUUGCCGAAUUCACUACAAGCCUCCGAAGAGUCAAUGAUGUGGAGUAUUUUCCAUCGAGGUGGUCCAUAACCGUGAGAGCCAAACUGGAAAGAGAUCUUGGGUGAGCUGUAUUGGGACCCUCCAGACCAGUAGAACCCAGUCUUGUUUUGUUUUGGACCUACUUAGCUGAAAUCUCAAGGUUGAAAUGAUUCUCCUGUAAUUAAGAAAAAACAACUCAUCUUUUGUACAAAAAUAUGUGAACAAAUGAAUUUUAUAGUAUUAAAAUAAUUUUCAAAUGGAA